AUGAGCGUCGCAAAGGUCGAGUUUCGCUGGGGCACCAUCUCCAUCCACAUCCACAACUCUACAACACCUCAGCCUCACAACCUCAACAAUAUGUUCUCGUACAAACUCGCUACCGUAUUCGCCGCGGUUCUCGCCGUAUGUGCCGGUGCGCAAGCCAAUGAAGUCGAAGCUCGCGCAGCCCUCUCUUGCAAAGCCACCACCACCACCUUGACGGUCGUACACCCCGCGUUCUCUAUUGCCACGGUCACAGCCACCAUAACCCACCCCGCCGCCAAUGCGAACGGCAAGCGCGCCGCACAGAAGACCAUCACCGCGACAUCAACGUCGACGAAGGUCGUCACCACUACUGCGACGCGCACCUCCACAGUGCUGUCGACAGCGACAGUCACGAGCACCGCGACGUUCAUGACUACGUCUACCACCACCAGCACCGCGCUCGCGACGACGACGGUCCGCGCGACCACGAACCCGGUGGUGACUAGCACGGUCACGAGCACGAAGUACGGUACCAUCACUGAUACCGAGACCGCGACUAAGACGUCGUUGGCGACAACCACUACCACUACCACCGACACUGUCCCUACGGUUACGGUGAAGCAGUGA